AUGGAACUCAUUCUCGCUUCAGUCUUGACCCCUUUACAAGGGCUCACCGCAGCGUUCACAUUACUCUUGAUCUACCUCAUUGUCAACGAAAUCUUCCGUUGGAGAGCUGAAAACCCAGGGUUCAAUGGUCCUCGAGGACUACCGAUCGCAGGAAACCUGCUUCAACUCCAAGUAAAUGCCCCCGAGAUUUUGCGCCGAUGGUCUGAGAAGUAUGGCGAUGUCUACCAGAUCCAGCUCGGAAACACGCCAGUCUUGGUGGUGAACACUGCCGCUGCUGCUAAAGAACUCUUCGCUCACCAAGGCCAUGCAUUGAACUCAAGACCAACAUUUUACACUUUCUACAAGAUUGUAGGCAAGACGUCGGGUAUCACUAUCGGCACCUCUCCCAUUUCGCCUGAGCUCAAGCAACGUCGUCGUGCUGCAGCUUCGGCCUUGAACAAGCGUGCAGUCUCCGGCUACUCUCCGCUUUUGCACUUGGAGACAAACCUCCUGGUCAAAGACAUACUCGAUGCCGGCGGAUCUGGCAGCCGUCAAAUCAACCCGAUGCCGUUGGUGAGACGAUUCGCACUCUCGGUCAUUCUCACCAUCAACUGGGGCACUAGUAUCACAUCCGAUGACAAGUCCUUGUUUGAAGAGAUUACCGAAGUCGAGGCUGGCAUCGUGAGCACAAGGAGUGUAAUGGAGAAUCUGCAAGACUUCAUUCCCAUCUUGAGACUGAAUCUUUUUUCGGUUCGAUCCCACCAAGCACAACGUUGGCGAGAAAGGCGAGAUGUCUAUCUAAACAGGCUCGACUCCGAUCUUCGACAGAAGAUUGAAAAGAAAGUACACAGGCCUUGCAUUCAAUCCAAUACGAUUUUUGACGAGGCGGAGAAGUUGGCCCCAAAGGAUCUACGCAUUAUCUCAACGUCUAUGAUCCAAGGUGGAACAGGAACGAUUUCUGGGACACUCUCUUGGGCUUUGCUCUUUCUUUCACAGAACCUCGAAGCCCAGACGAAGGUGCAAAGAGAGAUAGCGGCUCAGUUCUCAAAUCCCGUGGAAGUGCUCCGCGAGUCGGCCACCGCAGGUCUUGACAUAUCUGGGAGUCUAUAUCUCCACGCCUUGGGCAUGGAGUGCCUUCGGUACUUUACGGUACUUCGCCUCUCUCUCCCACGAGAAUCUAGCGGCGACUGUACCUACCAGGGCCGCCACAUACCGGCUGGCUCUGUUGUCUUCCUCAAUGCAUGGGCUUGCAACAGGGACGCAGCCGUGUGGGAAGACCCUGACGAGUUCCGCCCAGAGCGCUGGCAGGAGCAGCCAGAAGCGCCCUUGUUCACAUACGGAAUGGGAUACAGGAUGUGUGCGGGAACAGCCCUGGCCAAUCGCGAGCUUGAGUUGGUACUUCUCAAGAUUCUGGCAUGCUUCGAUAUUCUACCCGGAACUGGCCAGAAGCCUGACGCCAGCCCACUCACGGGCAGCUCGAAUGUCAAAGAAAGCGGCCGAUUCCCGAGGGCUUACGAGGUCUUGUUCAAAGUCCAUGAUUUGGAAGGCAUGAAUUCAGUCUUUGUGUGA